GCGUAAAACGAAGAAAAAUCUUUUUAGUAGUGGUAAACAUGAAUAAUGGUAGGAAUAAUGUCGUAAACAUUAAAAUUGCCUUAUAAUUUUGGACUGAAUAUAUAUACACAAGCAGAUGCAUACAUACACAUUAAUUAAUAAAAAUCCAAUGUAACCGUAAGACUACUAUUAAUUACUAUAUUGGCCCAAUUAUAUUCAUCGCUCUAGAGUGUAAUAUAAUAUUAAUUGUUGAAAGUGUUGAGAGCCGGCCAACGAAUGCAACAUAGUAAUAUAAAGCAGUUAACUUAGGUGUUCUCAAUACACACAACACGAAAACCAUUUUCAUAAACCCCAAGAACACUUUUCUUGUUAAGCUAUAAGUUUUUUUUUCCAUUUUCUUUGGUGAAUAUGGAGAUUGAAUCUGUGAGAUGUGAGUGUUGUGGAUUGAUGGAAGAGUGUACACGAGAUUACAUUAGUGAAGUCAAAUCCAACUUCCACAACAAAUGGCUCUGUGGUCUUUGCUCAGAAGCCGUGAGAGACGAAGUCAGUCGCCGGAAGAUGACUACUGUUGAUGAAGCUGUUAGGGCCCAUGUGUCGUUUUGUGGGAAGUUUAAAGAUAAUCCGGCGGUUCUUGUAGCCGACGGUAUGAGGCAGAUGCUAAGGAGGAGAUCCGGCGACUUGACUUCCUCUGCUUCCAAGAAAUUUGGCAGAUCUAACUCCACCAAGUUGUACUAAAUAAUGAUCUUUUUCUUGUUUUAUUAAUUAAUUAAUGUAUAAUAAUAAAAAAUCUAUGUAUAAUAUUUUAUGUUUUUUGUUUAAUUGUCAUAAAUGCUGGUCGGUGAUGCUAACUGAUCAGUUGAUUAUAUUCAGGUUUGUCAAUUUAGUUCAUCUAGUUUUGAUCUCUAUUGACAUUGGUUCUUCUCUUAAGCUAA